CCCUUCACUCCUCCUCACAUAUUGCCCGGCUCACCUCUUGGCUUGACGGCACUCACACCUUAUACCUUCCACUAGCAUACCUGUGGCCUCUUCUUUACCCUUCUUACGUCGCCCGACCUCUCAAGUCUUCUAGUCGGCGUCUCUCUCUCUCUUCUAUCCUUCCUUCGCCCCCUUAUCCUCCCGCCUCCCACCAUGGCUGCUCCCUCGGGAUCCGUCCCACCCCCCGGCUUCCACCCUGCCUCGGCUCAGAAUGAGUUCCUCCAAGAACAGAAGGGCUUCCCCGUCCCCGCAACCCAGACACACGCCUCUUCCAUGUUCUCCUUUGCCGACCCCCUCCUCCGUCCCAUUGCAAACACAUUUGCUCAAUUGCAAGAUACAAGGCAGAAGCUCGCACUGCCCAAUCCGGGAACAGUAGAGCAUCUCACUAGGGAGGUCAAGGCGACUCAUCUCAACAAUUACUUCUUUGAUGGAGCUAGGGCAGACCUCACAAAGGCCAUUAGCAUCAACCCCAUCUUCCAGAUUACACAUGCCUUUUCUCAUGGUUCGCAGAGCGAGCCUCCUUCCUACAACUUUGGCGCAGUGAUGGGAGAUGACUCGACCUUUCUGCAAGGUGGUAUCAGCGAUAGCGGCAGCGUUACCAUGCGCGCAAAUCGCAAGCUGACCCCAGGUCACACCGCCAAGGUGCAAGCCCAACUCGCCAGCGCUGGUGGCCAAUCCUUUGUGCAAUUGGAGCACGACUACCAAGGUCUAGACCACUCGCUCAACCUCAAGGCCAUGAACCCCUCGCCAGCAGACGGCACUGGAAUCUACAUGGUCAACUUCCUCCAGUCCCUCACCCGCAAUUUUGCCCUUGGUCUCGAGACGGUGUACAUGCGUCCCUCCGUGGAUAGUCAAGAGGCCAACACGGGCUACAUGGCCAAGUGGACCUCGGAUGCCCGAGAUGCAAUUGCAACGGUGCAGUACCAGGGCACAGGUGUAGCCCAGGCAACCUACUGGCAGCGACUGGCAGACAAGGUCGAUGCCGCCGUCGACCUGCAGGUCAUCACUGCCGGUGGGCGUCGCGAAGCCCAAGCGACCAUUGGUGCAAAGUGGGACUUCCGCAUGUCCACUUUCCGAACCCAAGUCGAUUCGACGGGUAAAGUCUCUUCACUGCUAGAGACGAGACUCGCACCCACCUUUGCAUUCACCGUCGCGGGAGAGAUUGAUCACUUCAAGAAUGCGGCCAAGUUUGGAGUGGGAGUGUCGAUUGAGAGCGCGGGUGAUAUUCCCAUGGACCCGAAUGCUGCGCCGCCUGCGCCUCCUUCGGUGCCGAUGUAGAUAGGGAAAGAAGACAUUUGCGGACGGAAGGAGGAGAGGAAGGAAAGGCUGGUAGGGGGUGACAGAUGGACCACAGUCGUCUGAGGUCUAGAAGAUAGUGGUGGAGAUGGGGGGUAGGGCCGUUGCAAUCGAGCAAAGACCAGCUAGCUAGCUCGCGGAAAAGGGGGAACUGGGAGGUCCUCUUGAGAAAGGAGGGGAAAGAGGGAAAGAGGUUGAUUUCUCUUGUACACAAUGAACUCGCUCAAUCGCUCGGUGGUCUGUCGCUCCGAUUCGUCAGGAGGGAGGGAUCGAUUGUCAUAAUGAACGCACACCAUUCUCAAGCCCUCUAAGUACAACUGUCCGACGAGGGAGAAG